GUCUUAAGUUGCAGUGUGUUGAGCUCUCAGGGCCACCGUACCUGACCCCUACGCUUGGAACCACUUGACUAGUAGUUAAAAGCAGCUCCACCUGGAGCUGCUGUAUCAACAAUCUGAUGAUUAGAAAUCUUCUCCUGGUCUGUAACACCCUGCGGCUAAAUAUAUGGGCUAUUAUCUUAUAUAUUAUCUAUAUAUUACUUAUUAAGUAGGCCUACAUUCAGCUGAUAAUACUCAAGCAGGGUUUUCAACCCAGGACUGUGAUGGAGUAACUUUACACUGUGUUGCUGAUAGUAGUGGAUCAGUGUGGCCUGGUGUCACAGUGACAGUGUGGGUCGUUACAGUUGAAGAUGAGUCAUGUGUGCGUGUCAGAGAAAGGGGGUGGGGUGGGGCUGUUGGGAAAUAACCUUUAUCCAUGUCGCAACAGCAGCAGUAAGAAGGAGGAGGAGCGUCAACCGGAAUAGCAUGCACUCAGCUUUUACUUCCUAUAUGUACAUGCCUACAUACACAGACACAUGCACAUGCACACGCACAUACAUAUACACACACCGCACACAGCUGCUUAAACUAUUCUCUUUUUAUCUACUUUUGACGCAGGUUAUGAUCCAACAAAAGCGCUUUUCUCUCACUCUAAACUUGAGUCCAGCUGUCAACGGCUGUGUGUGUGUUGGUGUGUGUGUGUGUGUGUGUGUGUCUCUGUUGUGGUUUCUGUUGUUAAUGUAACUCCAACACUUCAAUGUAGGCUACUCCUCACUUAAUGUGUUAAUUAGAGUCACGUUUGUCCGGAGUCAUUAAUUACCCGGACUGGCUCCUCAGCUGGAAGACUCCCGGGACGAUCUGGAUCCGGCGCGGUGCUGAUAUACAGCCGUGACCGAGCCCUGACGGAGCCGUUAAUCAUCACUGCUCCCGCUGCUGCGGUGCUCACCGAGGUGAGUGUGUGUGAGUCAGCAGCAGGACACUAUCACCCCCGGACACACACACACAGUAAACACGUAAAGACCCGGGACACCCUCACAGUCCGGUCUUGUCCUGGAUCCGUCCCGCCCAUUUCCAGCUCUGCUCCGCCCGCGCGCCGGGACGCUUCGUGGUAGAACCACGAUCGGUUCGACCCGACCGGACAGAGACCGAGGAGACCGUCCCAACCUGCUCAUCAUGGCGGUCUUCAUCUCCACCCUCCUCUUACUCUUCGUCGUGGCAGUCGGGAUUAUACCAACUCUCAGCCAGUCCAGUUACCAGACAGAGAUUUCCCAUCCUGACAAAAAUACAUCACUGAGUGCUGGACUAUUUUCAGCAGGAGGGUCAGAGGAGCCCAUGUGUUAUGACUGGGGGGAAUUCAAUGAGGAGGCGGUCUCAGUCCUGGAGGGGCAGGCUGGUUGGCUCUCCUGUCCUCUUUUCUCUCAUCCCUCUGUCUACAACUACACAUCCACCCAGAGUGCCGGACACAACCUCUUCUGGUACCGCCUCCCUGAGGGUCACGACCUGGAGCAGCCAAUUACAUACAGCUUGCGGCUCAGUAAGGACAGAGAGAGGCUGUGGCUGCAGCCCGCCAUGGCCGAGGACACCGGACUGUACAUCUGUAUGCUACGUAACAAGUCGUCCUGCAGUAAGAUCGCCAUGCGUCUGAAGGUGCUGCGGCUUGACGAGGUGGUCCGUGAACCCGACUGCCAGCCUCCGGUUGUUGUGGCACCCACUCAUUUGGUCAUCCCGUUGCAGGAGGAGAAGACCCUGGAAUGUCCCAACCUACAGGAUGCAACCAAGAUGGCCGAUGGUCCUACAACUGUCACUUGGUACCAUGUGAGAGUAGAGCACAUGAAGUGUUACCAAUAUCCGUUCUGGAACAGUGAACGGCAGCAGAAGGGAGCCAGUCUUCAGUUCUACGUCAUGUAUUUAGAAUACCAGGGUUUAUAUGUGUGUACAGUCACCUACCUGAGGAGAGGCCGAGCACUCAACUUCACCAGGAGCAUCAACGUCACUGCAGUCAAUCCGUCCAAUCUACCCAAAGAACCCAGCAUCCUCCACCCGACUAAAGACCAGGUCUUCACUGUCAAAAAGGACACAGAGGUGCGCCUGGUGUGCAGAGGCGUGCUCCCCUACCUGAACUCUUCCUGGGAGAUCUGGUGGACGGUCGAUGGGAAGACGCUGGAUAAACUGGCUGACCAGCGCUUCACCAACAGCAACAGUCUGUUGACUUAUUACUACGGGGACCGGACAGAGGAGAGCGUGCUGGUGAUCAAGGACUUCCAGUCUGAGGACCUGAACAGAGAGUAUAACUGCUCGGUGAGGAACGACCGAGGCUUCGAGACCCGCAGAGCUCAGCUGGAGGAGGAGGUGUCGCUGCCGUCGAUGGAGCUGGGUUGUGGUCUUGGUGUGACCCUAGUCCUCAUGCUGCUUCUCUUCGUGGUUUAUCACGUCUUCUGGUUGGAGCUGCUGCUGCUCUAUCGCUCCUGGUUCGGCACUGAUGAGCGACACACAGAUGAUAAAGAGUACGACGUGUACAUCUCGUAUGCGAGGAACAGUGAGGAGGAGCAGUUUGUUCUGACGACGCUGCGCAGAGUCCUGGAGAACGAGCUCGGAUACUCAGUGUGUAUCUUUGACAGAGACAGUCUGCCGGGAGGGACCAUCACAGAUGAGACUCUGAGUUUUGUGGCUCGUAGCCGGCGCCUCCUGGUGGUUGUUAGCCCAGGCUACGCCUCUAAGGGCUCCCAGGCACUGCUGGAGCUGAAGGCUGGCAUCGAUGGCAUGGCAUUGGACGGGCACCUGCGGGUGAUCCUGGUUCAGUACAAGCCAGUCCAGAGGAAGGGCUGGGUCAGGGAGCUGAGGAGAGCCCGGGUGGCCCUGGCACUUGUCCGAUGGCAGGGAGACAAAUCCAGAGAGCUGACGUCCCACUUCUGGAAGAGACUGAGGGUAGAGUUACCUGUGAGGAGGGUUAGCAGCAGGGAUGAGGAGGAGGACAGUAAGGAGGUGGCUCUGAUGAGGCUGCACAGUCAGAACAGCACAAACUCCCAGACAGGCCUCAUCACCACCACCGUCAAAGAUCCACAGAAAGUCUUCAACUGUUCAGCAUAGCCAUGACGGAGGUCAGCAGCUACAUGUGUCCUAAAACGUGUUUGCUGUCUCAACAGAACUAUACAGACAUGUUAAAGGACACGAUUAGUUUCAUCACCUUCUAUCAUCUACAGAUCUACAGAAAGCCUCCUGUUUCCCUGGUUCAAAUGAGGGUGUUAGCUACGUGAUGUUUCUAACAAGAUACCAGUGCAGUGUCUGAGACUCAUUCAUGUCAAUAUUUUUCCAUAAAACCUUUCAUUUCAUUUAACGACAAGAAUAAAAGUAUACAGCCAAGUUAUUAAUACAUAUAAUAAUCUAUAUUAACAACAUCAGCAUCAGCAUGUAAAAAUGCUCUCGAUGGUAAUGACAGCAUGUUGAAAUUAAGCAGGUUCAAUGCUUAAUUCGUCUCAGCAUCUUAGUUAGCCAGUUAGCAUGAUAAUUAGCAUUAAGCACUACAGUUGAGGCUGAUGGGGAUGUCUUGGCUUCUCUAGGUAUUUGGUUAUAAACCAAAGUUUUGGACAAAUUUAAAUUUUGACCUGAUGAUGGCACUAGAUGGAAGGUCGGGGAUGAAACGUAUUUACAAUUCAUUCUCUCAGACCAUGAAUGUGUGUACCAAAUUGUGUGUACCAAAUUUCACGACAAUCAAUCCAAGAGUUUUUUAGAUAUUUAAAUAAAAAACGAAAAUGUCAAGCUCAUGGUGGUGCUAGAGAAUAAGUCAGUUGAUCACCAGAAUUAGCAGGAUUCAUCGUCAGGGGACCAUGAAUGUCUAUACUAAAUUUCAUCACAAAAGUCAAAGUAAUACAAGAAUUAUCAUUAUCAUUGUUCAUACAACAACUGUAAUGGUUAAUAAGUAGAAGUGCUAGCCUUUGACCAGGUUUUUAAACAGUAAGUGAUAUGGGAAAUGACCCUAGAAUGUAAUUGACAUGUAAUCACGCAUGAACCUAAAAUUUUAAAAAUUUAAUAUGAUGUACUUUUUUCACCUGAGCCUUGAAAGAAAGUUUGGAAUCAAUAAGAACUCAGAGGUUUACACAGAGAUAUCUGGUUCUACACAAGAACUUUUUGCUUAGUGUUUUAGAUACAUGUAGACACAUUACCUUAACCAUGCUAUUCCAUAAACCAUCAAAUUUGUGAGUUCAUAGGCAAAUUGUGUCAUGCUGCUACCAUGUACAUAAAUGACAGUGUCAUCUGCAUACAUUUGGAUGUUUGUGUCUCAUUAGCUCAAAGCACCCCCAUCAAGGCUGCAGUGUUCAUUAUAACCAUAAUAUGACAAAACAUUUAGCUAUUCUAGCCUGGUUGCAGUGUUUGGAUGAACUGGCUAAAGUGGUACUGAAUGUUUUUUUUUAAGCCUGGAGUUUGGGUUUACCUUUAGGCAAAAGCAACCAACCACAGCAGUUGAUAGGUGGAGACACCUGUCAAUCAAGUGAAACUAAAGCCAUGUUUAGACCAUAAAGUACCUGGAACUUUUAGUUCUGACAAAUUGUGUCCCAUAUAUAUUCAACAGCCCACAGGACACAGCAUUUUAUUUACAAAUAUGUGACGAUCCUGUACGGGUGACAACCCUAGCCACUCUGGUCGUUGUGGUCCUAUAAGUCCUGUUUCAGUUUUUUUUACCUUCUCCGGGACCUGUUUCGCAGUGUUGAAAAUGUGUUUGCUUGCUCGCUCACUCACUGUGGACUUUUUAAAAUCGUGGAUGAAAUAAAAUGCAGCUAGUACUGAAAUGUUCAGCACUGCAGACCACACCCACCAAAGUUCCUGAACCUUUGGAAAGUACUACCCCCCCGACUAGGUACCGGGGGAAAGUUCCUGUGGUGAAAACAUGGCUCAAUAUAUAUCUUUUUACACCAAGACACAUUAGAAGAAGUGAGUAACUCCGCUCAUAAAGUCGGAAUAAAAUAUUUUUUACGUCUUUCCAUGAAAUGAUUGUGACAAUGUGAUUUAUUUCAUUUCACCUGGGUAAUUGGGACACAUAAUGUAAUCAUUGCACCUGGUCAAAAGUGAUUAUUGAUGCAUUUAAAGAGGAAUAAACAGAGGAUUGUGUCUGAAAACAAAAUUAUUCCAACUUUAUGGGCAACAGUAUAUAAGGAUUAACACCCUAAUGGAAAGGAAAGAAUUUUGGUUGUUUGGUUGUUUACAUGUAUCUUUGGAUAAACAGAGGUGUUUGAUAACAGGAAAUUUUAGCUGUUGGUAGCACUAGAGGAAAGGUCAGGGGAUCAGUUAAGUUAGGAGCAUUCAUUCUCAGGGAACCACAAAUAUCCGAACCAAAUAUCAUCCCAAUCAAGAUAUUUCACCCUGGACCAAAGUGUUGGACUGACUGAUGGGCAGUUCAAUCCCUAAUCUCACAACCUCAGUUUACCUUAAUAUAUAUUGACUGUUAGAGAAGGUCUUAAUGGAGUAAGGAAAACAAAUUCAGAGAUUAUUGUGUCUUGUGGGAAAAACUGUGAUGUAUUGCAUCUCUAGAGAGAUGUUUUGGAGUUUUCUCAACAACUUGAAUAAAGUGAGUUUUUUUCUUAAAGCUCCAACUAGCGAAAAUUACAGGAACUGCUUUUUAAUGCACUUUAACACUCAGCUGCGAUGGUUGCUUGGCUGGUUAGAUUUUUUCCUAAUAAUGUUUUGGGGACAUCCAGUGGAACAUAAGCCAACACAGAUGUGAAGUUGGGUGUCACCUGCAAAGAGGGAGAUUUACAAUAUAAUAUCCAACAGACUUUAAAAACACCACAGUUAUAAAAUGUUACAGAGGAAACACAGACCCAUGGAGGAGGGAUCUAUGCACUGCAAUUUUCAAAUAUUAGUUUUAUUAGAGAAAAAAAAAUGUAUUUACAGAAUAAAACCUGCCUGAUCAUUACUUUAAAAUGUUGCAAUUACUCUGCACUUCUGUAUUUUUUUUAUUUCAUUUUAUUGCACUGCUUUCACUUUUAUACAUUCAAUAUAUCAAUAAUAAAUCAACUGUAAGAUAUAAUCUUCUUUGAAAAUAUGCAAUAUGCUAUUCAUCUUUAACACUCAAAAAACAGUAUUAUGGGAUAUAAUAAUGGGAGAAUACAUCCUGCAUGAUGUCAUGCUUUAAUGUGUUUAAGCAGUUUACAGCAUUUCAUUUUUUUGUUGUUUAUUCAAUAAAUGACUUUUUCUUCUAA